GGUACCUCGCACGAGCGUGAUGCGUUAUGAGGCAACUUGAAGCCGUUUGGCUUGGCUCCUCCUUUAAACGUUUGGCUUUACACUAACAUCGAAUCACUUUCAGUUCAGCUCAGUGUCAGUACCAAUUUCUCUUUUUCUGCGUCGUCUGGGAGCGCUAAGAAAACAACACUGAUCCUUGUUAGUUGUUCCUGUUCUGACUGAGCCAGAUAAAACAAGAAUGCAUCUAUACGAAAAUGAAGAGCGAUCUGUACACACAUGGAACGCCGUGGAUGUGGAGAUUGGCGGUCACCUGCAACACGGCUACGUCAUCGGACUGGAAGAGACGGAAAACACUCCGGCCCGUGCGAUUGUCGAUUUCGGAUGCUCGACACAGCAGGCGGUGCCGGUUCCGUACGGAAAGAUAUGGGACUGUUCCCUCUAUCGAUCCACCAAACGAUGCAGAGGCGCAGCUGUGGAGGUGCUGCUGCACGAUGGUCCGGAUCGCCCAUGGACGUGGUGUCCCGCGAAAAUGCUGAUUAGCGGGUUCCGUGAUCUGGACUCUGCGGCGAUGGUGGAGGUGAUAACGGAUGGGCAGCGUCGUCGGGAACUGCUUCGUCGACGACAGAUUCGGGACCUGUGUAGUACAGCUGUCAGAAAAGGACUCCUUUCUGCGGACCAUUUCGUCAUGCAGACGUGCCGUGUACCGAAUGGUUACUGGACACUACCGUCGGCUGAAUCGGCAUUGCUGCUACGAGAAGUUGAGCGAAUGUUCGCUGUACGGCUUGUCACGGUUCUCAGUCAGAAAAUGCACUUUGUGCGACGACGCCAGAAUGAGUGUCUGCGGGAUGAAGAUCUGGCGAUGAUGUUCGAAAAAAGGCCGACAAUGUUUUGCCUUUUACGAUCAGUUACCCAGGGAAACCCAUGAGGCCGCUGAUGGUGAGCCAAAGCAGAAAAAGCUGGUACGUGCCAUUGAAACCGUUUUGGCGUUGCCGUUGGAGGUACUGAAGGAGAUCUUCCACUCUCUGGACACCAUCGAUCGCCAGCGUUCUCGCCGCACCUGUCAACUGUUUGAAGCCCUGCUCGCAUCGGCGGAACUGGCGCAAGAUUUGCGUAUAUCGCCGAACCACUCGAACGCUUCACCACAAGCGCACUGGGACAGUAAUUACGCCAUGUACGCUUGCAUCUUCAAGUACAUCACGCCCGCCACGCGCACCAUCUGCAUUCGCGAUCCCAAACCGCGGUACCUCCACAGUGGGACAGAGCACGGGAGUACUGAAGAGCUUAGCUUAAUUAAGAAGGUCGUGAAUGAAGCCGGCAUCCGUGUCCAUCGUUUCAUCGUGCACCAGCGAAACAUCAUGAUCAGCCAUCCUGCUCCAUGGAAAUUCAGCGUGCUUUCUGCCGAGAUAUCCCGGCUGGUGUCGUGCUGUGAUCGUAUGAUCUGGAAAGAUUAUACCCUGACGCUGUUAGGCACGAAAGCCGUGCCCGCCAUGGAGUUCCGCAUUCCCGCUGCCGUUUUCAUCCGGGGCAUGUGGAUGAGGCGGACAUCGUGGACCUAUUCGAGAAGCAUUUGACCUGUGAGAAGCCACUGCUCACUGGCCCGCACUUGCGCCUUCCCCAUGGCACGACCGAUUGGAUCGACAGUGAACUUAAGGCCACGAGAGUAAUGCAGAUUCUACAGGAAUAUCAAUCCUGUGAUCCGCGUCCGUCAGCAUACAUAUUAUCGCGGACGCCAGUGGACUGUCGACGAUGUAAUCGAGGUGGACCUGAAGAAACUGAACCGAUUCUGCCAGCGGGCCUUGUCGCACUACAUGUCCUGGAUUCGUGCCUGAAGACAGUUCUCACGGUAAACAAACCAACGACUCCAGCAGCGAAUCCGAGUCCGACAAUUUAAAAGUGCGUGGUUGUCAAGAAUUUCGAUCGUUUGAUGUUAUUAU